CCCCACUUCACUCUUCUAGUCCUCUUCUUCUCUAUAAUUUCAAGUUUCCACUUGCUCCACUGCUCACCAUUCCUCCAAAGUCACUUCUCUUUCUCUAGUGCGAUGGAUGCAAAAUCUGCUGAAGCUGCCUCUCAAAUUUUGAAGUAUCAGACAUGGUUCUUGAAAGUUCCUAUCCACUGCGAAGGAUGCAGGAGGAAAGUCAAGAAAGUUCUACAGAGAAUUGAUGGUGUUUUCAUGACAACAAUCGACCAGCAGCAACAGAAAGUAACGGUCAUUGGAAGUGUUGGCGUUGACAUCCUGAUUGGAAAGCUGAUCAAAGCAGGUAAACAUGCCGAAAUAUGGCCGGAAAAUGUGACCGGAAAGGGAAAAUCUUCCGGGAAAGCAAAGAAAAAGAAAGAACAAAAAGGCCCAGAAAACAGGGACAGCCAUUCCACUGAUAAAUCCGAAUCAAACCCCAACACCGACAAAAACAAGGGACUUGAAAGUGCUGCCAACUGUGACAACAACAACAACAAAAGCAAAACCAGCGAGUCGAAAAUUGGCGCCAACACAACGGUUAUUCCUCCGGCUGGUAAUCAGACUCCAGCGGACGGCCAUAAAGGGGGAGGAAGUGGAGACGCCGCCAAUAAAAGCGGCGGAGGGGGCUCUGGUAAAAAGAAGAAAAACAAAGCCGGUGGUGGGGGUGGUGGUAACAAUCGGUCGAAUUCAAUACCUGCACCUGCACACACUGAAUUCCAGACUCCUGGGCAAAUGAAUCCCAACCCUACACAUCAGCAAUCACACACUUACCCUGAAACCUAUAAUCCUCCUACGGCUUAUCUAACGCCGUAUAGAUCAUAUCCAACGGGAAGAAUGGGUGGUCAUUCAUCUUUCUAUGUUCCAUCAUUACCCUACAUGCACGCAGGCCUAGACCAUGAAGUUUACCAGCUGCAAUCUGCACCGUUGGUUUCCUUUGAGAUUUUCAGCGACGAAAAUGCCAAUGGAUGUUCCAUUAUGUGAAGAAUUGGAAGGGAAGAGAAUGUGAAUGGCCAGAGAUAGUUUUGGAGUGCUGAUUGUGUAACGUAAGGAAAUACAAAUCGUGGGAUAUUAUUUAGCGUUGGUUUGAUACUUUGUUAGUAGGUUAUUUUGGUUCUGGACCAGAGUGUACAUGAUGUAGUCUUCCCCACAAA